CAAGGAGGCGUAUGGAGCGGGGUCAAUCUGAAACUAGAGUUUUCACUGCCAAUUAACUUUGGAUAAUGCAAUGUGUCGGCUGUAUCUUGUGCCUAUUCACGAUUCUAAUUAUGUUAUCCGGGCCAGUCUUUUGAGAUUGUUUAACGCUUAAGUGAGUUAAAACCGAUGAAUAGAUAUUUUAUGAAAGCGUGUGCGGUGGAGCAUCGAGGGCCGUGGAUGCGCCGGGCGGUGAGAAGUUGCGCGCGACAGUUGCGCAACAUAACCGCCACCCCCCGACUCGCUGCGAAUCGAUACUGCCUUUCAGAGGGUUGAAAAUAAACAUGGCAGAUAGUGAGUUCGAAGAAUUUGGCCACAGCUUUGAUAAAAUCGAACAGAACAAUAAAACGGCUUCUCCAUUCUACUCGUUGGUGCACGAUGUUUUGGUUGAUGAGGAGUCUCCGACGUCUUCCAAAAGUGAUCCGGACACAGACUGUGAUUCGCCGGCCGACCUGCAUCCUACCGCCAGAGGAAGACCGGAAGAAAGGAACGCGAUUUAUGGCUCGAGGUCGUCGCUGGUUCCAUGGACGGGUCCUGGCGAGAGGAGGAGGCGGAAACUCCCAGAAAUACCGAAAAAUAAAAAACCUGCUGUAGUGUCUUUAAUAAACGCACACCAAUUAUCGAGGGAGCUGUCGCUGGCCGAUGAAUUGGGUAGUGGAAGCGGAACCGGAAGCAGCGGCCCAAGUUCGCUUCUGGUCUUGAAGUGCGGCUACCUAUGGGAUAACGAUUCACCUGAAUCUGACAGGCUCAUGACGGAUGCAGAUAGCGGUCACAGCACCGCACAUUCACCUACGGAUGGACCGAAAUCCAUGUCUCCCCUUCUCGGCGUGUCGCCCGCAUGUUCCGGCGGCGGCGUACCCUACACCGAUGUGGAAAUGCUUGAAUCUACACACAGGGGUCUGCACAAGUUCAUCCCAAGGCACCAGGAUGAAAUUGAGAUCGAAAUCGGCGACCCCAUAUACGUACAAAAAGAGGCUGAUGAUCUGUGGUGCGAAGGUGUGAAUAUACGGACUGGUAGGAUGGGAAUCUUCCCUUCAGCUUAUGCAGUAGAUAGCGACUUCACUGAUUGGGAUUCGUCCUGCGAACACGGCCGUCGCGAGCGUUACCUCUUAGGUUAUUUAGGAUCUGUAGAAACACUUGCUCAUAAAGGAACAUCUGUAGUAUGUCAGGCAGUGAGAAGGGUUGUCGGGAACAGCGGAACCGAACCAGAUGCUCAGCCGUGUAUUCUAGAGGUCUCCGAUCAAGGUUUGAGAAUGGUGGAUCGGAGGAAGCGAAGACAAAAUGAUCCUUGUAUAGACUACUUUUAUUCCUUGAAAAACGUGUCUUUCUGCGCUUUUCAUCCUCGUGACCAUCGCUAUUUGGGCUUUAUCACUAAACAUCCAACGCUUCAAAGAUUUGCUUGUCAUGUUUUUCGAGGAACAGAUUCCACCAGACCGGUUGCAGAGGGAGUUGGGCGUGCCUUCCAGAGGUUCUAUCAAAAAUUCAUAGAGACUGCUUACCCUAUUGAAGAUAUCUAUAUAGAAUGAACUAGUGCAAUAAUAAUACACAAAAAAGAACUAUAUAUUUCAAAGCUGUGUCUCUAUCAAUAAGGAACAAGAAAACGGAUAAUUACUUCAUUUCUACGUUACUAUAUUCUAAGGAAA